AUGCUGCAGCUGCUGCAACGUGACAUCCGCAGCAAGAAUAGCCGCGACACCCUGGACCAGUCGCGCGGCGCCGAGGUGGCGGUCGGGGAGUGCCUGGGGCGCGCUGGCUGCGGCGCCGUGUUCCGCGGCACCUGGCACCGAGUGCCGGUGGCCGUCAAGGUCAUGCAGACACGCAACGACGGCGCGCAGGCGCUGCAGGAUGCGGUCGAGAUGGCGGUGCUGUCCAGCGUGCAGCACCCCAACAUUGUGCAGGUCUUCGCCUGCCUCACAGACAUGGUCAAGACCACAGACAACCACUUUGGCGGCCGCAGUGCGAGCUUCACGGGCGGCGUCAAGACCCACUACCGCCGCCUGCGGCCGGAGGAGGACCCCGACGAGGCCGUCACCCACAACAUCAUAGUCAUGGAGCCCUGCGACCGCGGCACCCUGCGCGACGCCAUCAAGGGCGGCCUGCUGCACCAGUCCCUGCCGGACGGCGCCAUCGGCAUCAAGCUGGCGCCCGCGGCCGAGCUGCUGCUGGACGUGGCCUACGCGGUUCAGUACCUGCACUCGAUGCAACUCGUGCACGGGGACCUGCGGGAACUGUCCGCCCGCGAGCCAGAUGGCCGGCUGGCGCUGGAGAACGUGCUGCUCAAGACCGACCGCUCGCGCCCGCUGGGUGCGACCCCAAAGCUCUCGGAGUUUGGCCUCACGCGCAUCCUGAGCGAUGCCGACCACGCCGCCGGCGCCGCCCCCCCUGGCGGCGCCACCUGCGCGCAUGUCGCGCCCGAGAUGUUCCGGGCGGGCUGCCAGGUCAGCACGGCGGUCGAUGCGUACGCGUUUGGCGUUUUCAUGUGGGAGGUAUACACCAGCAAGAGAGCGUUCUCUGGCCUGCCCCGUGAGGCCGUCAUCGAGCGCGUCUCCGUCAAGGGCGCGCGCCCCCGCUUCCCCUCGACCACCCCGCCCGCCUUCGCCGAGCUCGCCCAGGCGUGCUGGGCCGCGGACCCCGCGGCGCGGCCGAGCUUCACCCAGAUCGCAGAGGCCCUGGACCGGCUGGUGGGGGAGCUGUCGGGGCGGCCGAUUUGA